AUGGCAAAGCUAAUCAGAUGGUUUUCGGAGGUUGUCAAGGCCCCGACAGAGGCCCUCCGGGAGCGAACGGAGCAGUGGGCGGCCACUGUGAUGGUUGCAAGGAGCUUGGGACGAUGUGUUUCGCUGGAGCUGGUGGUCAGGGACUUCUGGCUCCGGAGAGGGGUUAAGGGGGAAAUUGCUCCGUAUGGCCUGGAGAGGGGAUUGCUCCUCUUUCGGUUCGAGGUGACGGAGGAACGUGAUCUCGUCCUCCAACGGCCUUGGACUGCAGCUGGACAGGCUCUUGCCCUCGAAUUAUGGAGGCUGGGAUUCUUUCCGGUGGAGGGGGCGAUUACGACGGCACUUCUCUGGGUUCGUCUCCCUUGGCUCCCGGUGGAGUUCUGGGAUGAGGAGGCACUGCAGGAGGUAUUGCGGCUUGUCGGAGAAUUGGUCUCCAUGGAUGAGUGCACGGCGAAGAUGCGUCGGUUGGAGUUUGCAAAGGUGUGCAUUCGGAUUGACCUCGGCCAUCCUCUGCUGUUAGGGGUGCUCGUUGAGGGGCCAUCUGGCCUGUUUUGGCAGCAUUUCGUCUAUGAGAGUGUUGAAGGUGUUUACCUCCAAUGUGGACUUUUUCAUCCACUAGAGGAGUGUUGCCGAUAG